UAGAAUGCAAAACCUAUCGAGACCUCCGGCAUUCGUGAUCAGUUGAAUCUUGCCCCAAAUAUUAUUAGUCUAGCCCAGUUUCAAAAUUAAACUCCUGUAACUCAUGGGUGAAGAUUCAUGGCGGAAGAAUCAAACAAAAGGAAGAAUGGUAGGUUGAAAUGGAACACCGCCGUGACCAUAACUCAUUUUCCCCCAAAAUCAAACCUUGUAAUUCUAAAGUCGUGAAAUGACAUGUGGGUGUUGUAGGUGUUGUUUAAAUUUGUUACAAAAGUUCAAGGCAAGAGUACUUAAAAAAUUAUAUGGAGAUCCGGAAAGUGAUUCCGAUGAUGACCAUGCAGAUGAAGCUAGCAAUUCUUCAGCACUGUCUGGAAUAGAUACUGAUCGAGCUAGAGAAGUUAAAUUGUAUGGAGCAAAGUGCUGCCCAACUGGGAGCAAACAUAUAAGACAUGUCAGUGAACCAGUUCAUCUAGUUGGCUCAUCUUCUUAUGCUAGUGAUAAUGAAGAAUCUGAAGGAGGUUCGACUUUAAAAAGAGAAAAGAGAAAAAGAAAGCAUACUUGUUCACAGGCAUUAUUAAAGGCACAGCUAGAGGCAUCUUCAUCAUCAUCUGGGAGUAGUCACCACCCAGGGGGAUCUGCACAACCCAAACAGACACUGGGCCAACAAACACUAAGCAAAAAUCAGAAGAGAAAGUUAAAAAAGAAACAUAGGGCAUCUGAUAGAAGAACAAGCAGCAGUCAGUCUACGGAAUUCCAGUUUGAUUCCAGUAUGAACAAAUGUGUACCUUCAGAAGAAAGAGUUACUUUUAUAAAAAACAGUAAAGACAAGUUGAACUCCGUUUUAGAAUUCCUUGAAGCCAUUUGGGAUGUAUUCUUUUCUGACCAUCCAAAUGAAGCCCCUCCUAAAAAUGAUAUUAAGCACCUCUUGACUACAUUGGAGAAUGCAGAAAACAAUGAAGUUCAUCUUUUAUUCUCUGUGAUGUCAGCUCUUGUACUGCAAGGUCAAGAUAAGUCUUUGAGGAAAAUUGAAUGCUUUCAAGAAAAAACAUCUUUGGAUCCAGAGUUAUCUGCACUUGCAACCAAAUUAUUCACUUAUUGGACAAUGGAUGUGAUGAACAGCUGACAUUCUUAAAUUUUAAAAAAUAUUUUAAAAAAAAAAACAGUUUAUGAAAUGUAAAUAUUAAAUUUUAAAAUCUCAUGCAGGGUAUGACAUUGCUGUGUAUAAAGGCAUUUAGUAUAUUGUUUGAUAUUUCUUAAAAUUCUUUAUAUUUCUUUAAAAGAAUGCCAGAGAUUUCAGUUCAGCUUUUUAAUAUGGGUAAGAUAAAUCUCUUAUAACAUGUUAAUUAGACUUUGUAUCUGCAUCUAUGCAAAAAGCAGAUUAGCAGGUUGUAAAAUAUUCAUGUGGUGUCUUUCAGUAAAAAUAAAGGUAUUAUUUUAGUCAAUGUAUUUAUUCAAAUCUUAACAAGGCACAAAAAAAGUACAACUCAAAUGUUUUGCUUUGCAUAUUUUUAUUGAAUUUUUGUAACGUUCCAUGAAUUUUAAUUAAGGUCACAUUUUCUCCAAAUUUUAUAGCAACUAUUUUUUUAAUUGUAUUAAUACUGCAUCAUGAGUCAUACAUUUUAAAAAUGUAUCGACAAUGAAUUUCUUGCUAAUCUUGUGACAAGUCAUUCUCAGCUUUUGAUUUACCUGCUAACGGUUUCCUAACAUCAAGCUUGGCAUGGAUAAGUUUGUAUUAUUUGUAAAGAUGAAGGUAGAACAAAUCUUAAUAUUUGUAAUUUGAAUGAGCUCUUUAUAAUAUCAAUAGAAACUUUUGUAGAGAACAUUUUAAAUUUUUACUGAAUUGGUUUCUGUAAUAUAAAAUAUUGAGGUAAAAUUUUUCAUCAUAAUUUUAUUUUACCUUGAAGUAUUUUCAAUGGAUCAUGAAUAUCAGUAUUUAUUUUGAACACUCAUGGGUUGAACAUUUGUAUUAUUAUUUAAAAGAUGUAAAUUUGUAUAAAGAAUACAUUUUAACCAUCAGA